GGUUUAAAAAAAAAGGGAAGUUCAGUGGCAUCCCUGUUGCAUUUCUGUUCAAUUUCAAAUGAGAGGAGUACAUGUUAACGCAGCAAUAAUUGGCGAUAAUUCCUAUUCUUUUUGGAAAAACUUAACUAGCAAUAAAUUCGAACUUAUCCAAUAUAGUCAAAUCAUUGAAAAUUGUGGCCAGUACUACUUGUUCUCUUUACUGUUAAUUCAUCACGCCAUUUAGUAUAAACUAUGCCCACAUCAAGGGUUUCAAAUGGUUUACUUUUUUACUAUACAACGAAGCCAUAUUAUUAAAGUGAUGGUUACACAGGAAGAAUAGGACAAAAGGGUAGCAAAUUAAGAGUGAAACUGGAAAAAAGUAGUAACAGCCAGCUAGGGUUUGGAUGCUGCUCAACAACUCCUUUCUUGAAGGAAGAGACUAGAAACAGAGAUUGGUGUGCGUGGUAAUAUAAUUUAGUGCUUCACAAUCAUAGUUCUUUAAGUAACGUCGACAACCCACAUCGUUUUCAACCCAAGCAUGCUUUGUUGCUUUAUUUUUUGUCUCUUGUAUCAGAUUUUUUAGGUAAGAAAAUAAGGAUCAAUGUUAUCUAUUUAUAUGUGUGAUUGGAGAGAAGAGGUAAAUUUAAAUUUGGAAAUGGAGAAGAGAGAUCCAGAACUCAGAUUGUUUGAUAGCAGUGAAGAGCUGUCAUCAGGACUUGCUGAUUACGUUCAUCAAAUUUCUGAGUCUGCCAUAAAAGAGAAAGGUUCAUUCUCGCUUGUUCUUUCUGGAGGAGAUGUUCCAAAACGCUUGGGGAAGCUAACAAGCUCAGCGUUCUUGAAAAUGGUGGAAUGGUCGAAAUGGCAUGUGUUUUGGGCUGAGGAGAACGUGGUUGCUAAGAGACACCCAGAUAGCUUCUUCUGGCAAGCCAAAGAAUAUUUUCUGUCCAAGGUUCCUAUACUUCCGGCUCACGUUUUCCCCGUGAGCCACGACGUACCGGGAGAAUCUGCAGCCAGUAACUACGAGUUCUCCAUCAGGCAACACGUUAGAAAACGGUCGGUCUCAGUUUCUCCAUCAAGCGACUGCCCCAGAUUUGACCUCAUCCUUUUAAACUUUCCUCUUCCACGCCACCCUGUGCCUGGAGAGGAGUCCCAAUGGGUUUCACUUGUCUCAAUCGAUGGGUCUAAAGAGAAAGUGAUGCUCACGCUCCCCGUCAUUAAUGCUGCAGCCCACGUGGCCAUUGUGGCCUCAGGGGCUGAAGUGGCCCCUGAGUUUUUGGAUGUGAUGAUGGGUCAGAAGUCCAUUGGGUCCAAUCCGGCCCGUAUGGUGUGGCCCAUAGAUGGCAAGCUGGUUUGGUUUGUAGAUACCAGCGCUGCUUCUCUGUUUCUCCUUGGCAAAGGAUGUGCUGCCACUUCAGGUUCCUAAAAUAGACUAGAUUGUGAAUUCGUUUGACUGAUUCCAGAAGCUGGACAUUGUGAUUAUGGUUUUUCACUGCUUGAUUAUGUUACUGUUACGUUAUUAUUAAACUUAUCUACUAAUUAAUGAGAAUUAUUAGCAC